UUAUUAUUCCGCGGAAUUUCUGGUUUAUGGUAUUGGACGACAAGCCACCGGUUUAUAGCACAAUGUCACACGUACUGUGUAAACGGACUGUGGGAGAGCCAUACUGCUGAUACCAGCAUUACAGGUUGCUCACUAUGUUGGCCGGCCGUUUAUCUCUGCUCGUGUCUCUAUUGGGCCUUACCAAUGCUAUAAACUUAGUAGAUUUGCUGAGUAAACUCAGGAGAGGAAGCGGCGUUGGCGGUCCGUCCACUUUAUACGACGGUGGAGCCAGUGUUAACACAGUGUCCUUUGAACUUCCCGAAGGCCAUGGUCAGGCGGCGUUCCAAAGCCACCUGAUUCCACAAAAGCCACCUAGCAAGGCAACGAGCAAUUUCCAUGGAUUAUUAAGACAGUUUGCUGCUAGUAGCGAUGUAAAUACUGGACACAGUAGUAAUUAUCAGAAUGCUGCUGCAUACUCGAACCGAGGCCAGUAUAACUCAGCACCACAAGUCCCGACAAGACGACAGUUCCCUUCAACACAUCUUAUUCCUAACAGGUCUCCCUCACAGCAGGAGCACAGAGCAGCAUGGAACAUACCCAAUCAGAAUAGUGCGGGCGGACAACAAUAUCACCAGGGCUACACACAAAGGCCUGUCCCAGCAAGCAUUAGUAGGAUUCAGAUUCCUCAGCAGACCACUGGUUUUAUGCAGGGACAAUUACCUAGGUCCAGCAGAGUACAGGUCCCGAGACAAAAUGGAUUCACGCGGACACAAACACCGGUAUCAAAUUAUGGCACAGGGCAGGCUUCAAGGAAAAUGGAAUUCACACGGGAAUUAGGUCCUGUUCCAAACCAUAGCAGGACUAAGAUCCAGAGGACUACUGGAUUCGCGCGGGAAACAUUACCCAUGGCUGGCCGUGGUAGAGCUCAGGUCUCUCAGAGAACGGGAUUCACGCGAACACAAAUGCCAACUUCUACUAACCAAGCAGGGUCGCAACAAAUAUCGCGUAAUAACCGAUUCAUUCCGAAACACUUCCCUCAAUCGAGCCAAGUAGGGGCACAGGAAAUCUCACGGAAUAAUGCUUUUGCUCAGAAACAAGCAUCUAGCAAAGUAAGAGCGCCGACAGCCUCCCGGAAUAGCGGUUUCGCUCAAAAACAUACACAAACAAAUAAUCACGCUGCAGUACGACAGUUUGCACAAAUGACUAAAGCGUCGCCAGGGAGCGCCUUCGGCCAGCAACCAAGUAAACCUAGAUACCGUACGCCCCACAACGUCCGAUCUAGGCGGUUUUAAAGGCCAACAUAGUUUACUCGUGGUUGCUUCAGGAUCACAUCCAACGUUCAAUAAACAGGUUAUAACAGCUUCAGGUGCCGCGGUGGCUUCGACAAAGAAAACAUUUUAACAUGCAUCAAAAUAACGUCAUUGUUGAUAAACAUUCUGAAGGAGAGUUGUAUUCGUAACCAGAGAGAUAUGUCCAAGUUGUAUUCGUAACCAGAGAGAUAUGUCCAAGUUGUAUUCGUAACCAGAGAGAUAUGUCCAGCUAGCUGGCCUUGAGGUCGUGUGAACAUACUGAAACACCAAUAAAAUAUAUUAACAGGUC